AUAAACUAGACUUGAGUUGGUCUUCCUCGUCGCCGAUGCCGUUACCUUCCGUGACACCACUACAUGUCGACGCAUUUAAUUUUCCUCCUGCUGUUGCGUCCCCCGCUUCCCACAAAAAGCUUUUCCUCGGUGGUGCAGGCAUACGAUGGUUUGAUAUUGAGGGCAAGUUCGUGAUCGUCACGGUCAUCGGAGUCUACCUAGAAGCUAUGGCAGUCCCGUCACUCUCCGUUAAGUGGAAAGGCAAAAAUGCAAAGGAGUUAACGGACUCCGUCCCUUUCUUCCGCCAACUCGUCACAGGUGAGUUUGAGAAAUUCGCAAGGGUGACGAUGAAAGUGAAAUUAACGGGGACACAAUACUCGGAGAAAGUAGUAGAAUACUGUGAGGAGAUCUUGAAAGCGUCAGGGAAGUACACAAGAUCUGAAGCCAAAGCCAUCGACAAAUUCUUGGCGAUCUUUAAAGACCAAGAUUUCCCUCCAGGCUCUUCGGUCUUCUUCGCUCUCUGCUCAGUAAAAGGCUCUCUCACGAUUGCGUUUUCGAAAGACGAGAGGGUGCCGAGAAGUGGAAAAGCGGUGAUCAAGAAUAAGUUGUUGGGAGAGGCAGUGCUCGAGUCUAUGAUUGGGAAGAAUGGCGUUUCCCCUGCAACCAGGAAGAGCCUCGCUGAGAGAUUAUCUAAGCUGAUGAACAACAGCGACCAACAUGCUUAAGCUAAUAACAAGUUGUGAAUCGUAAUGGAAACACCAUCAUCCACAAGAAGAGUCACGAGGUCUCAGACCCGUGCUGCCACCAAUCAUCUCUUGUCCUCCAAGAAACCAGAGGAGUCGGACAAAAGCCAAUCAAAGUCUGUGCAAAGGAACGGUGGAAAAUCACAUCAAGAUUGUAGGUCGGCUUUGUUCGACAUAACCAACGACUCGCCGAUCGUAGGUCUGGCGAUGCAGACGCCAUCUUCAGGAAAGAGGAAUAUGAGCAGAAUCAAGAGCACUCCUGGAUCUGGCGAGGCUCUCUUGAGGGGCCAAGUCAAGACCCUCUUGCAGAAGGUUGAAGAGGAUGCUGAUCUCACCAAGAUUUCUAUGGAAUCUCGUCCUUUCAUCCAUCUUGUUACUUCUCCCAUGGGCCUUCUCGCUCCCACUCCGGCCAACACCCCCCAAGUUCUCGAUUUCUCCGUUGACAACGAUGUGCAGAUUGUGAUCACGUCUCCGGUUGUUGCCGGACAGUUCAGAACACCAUCUCAUCAGGUGGUGGUGGGAAGCAACAUGUUUGAUGAGAAAGAAGAGAGCUUGGAGUUAGAGAGGAGCCAGAGCAUAACGCGAUCAUUGCUGCUCGACUUUAGUGAUAAAUCGGAAGGGUGGGAGAGCUCAGACUGCUCCUCUGUGGUGACUCAAAACCCAGAGGAUGAUAACUCAUCGGUGUGGUCGAUGCAAGUCAAUGCAAGUACCAAAGACGAAGACGAGGAUGAGGAAGCGUAUUCAUACUACGACGAGGAAGAGGAGGAUGUGUUGUGUGAGGGAAUGAGAAAAAUGAGAGUAGACACCGAAUUUGCAGGGAAACACACUCGAUUCGUGUACGACAGUGAAGAUGAGGACAUUGUGGAAGGCAAAGAGCAAUCUCCCGGAGUGUUGGCUGGAAAACAUGUCAGAUUUGCCGCUGAUGAAGCAAUGAGCACCUCCUCCUCCUUUUGAUGGUGUGACAUAUAUCCUCAAAAUGUCUCGCCGGCUUUUCAUAUAUGAUGAACUGCAACUUUUCUUUUUGGCUGUUGUUUGUUGCCUUUGCUUUCCUUCAUUUGAUUCCCAAUUCUGAUUCUUUGGGCCUCACUCUUUAUAUAUGAUAUGCCUUGUUAUUUUCAAUAACUCAAAAAAGGCCUUUUAAUUGGAGUCCAUCAAAACUCCCUUACACUUCAAAUAAAAACCGGACUUAACCGA